GCGGUGCCCGGACGCAGGUGCCGGCCGAAGCAGUGCAAGCACUGGCUGACGGGCCGGGCCGGGCCGGGACCGGGCCAGGGAGAACCAAGGGGCCUGCGCGGCCGCCCGGCCCGGCCGCGGAUCAGGUAGGCACAGAACAGCAGCGGGUCGGGCCCGAGGAUACAGGCGCGUUCCCCUGUCGCGGGUUCGAGGCCCGAACUCAAUCCUCGGGCGGGACAGCACCCUUGGCCUCAGUCCUGCUUGGGACGCAGGCACACCAGUUUCCAUUUCGAGAAAGAUGAGAGGUCUCCAGCCUUCGGCACACAGUAGAAAUCUCUCUGAGCCUCGGUUUCCCCGUCUGUGGAAAGUGGGUCAUCCAGGAGCCAUCCUAAUUUAGGAGGUGUUUGGUGAGGAAAACGACCGGCAUACAGAAGGAGGCUCCUGGGACCAUGGGCCUUGGGCCCUGAGGACAAGAGGCUCCCUGUGGCCAUGACGACAGGCGACUGCUGCCACCUCCCUGGCUCCCUGUGUGACUGCUCUGGCAGCCCCGCCUUCUCGAAGGUUGUGGAGGCCGCGGGUCUUGGGCCACCGCAGUAUGUGGCACAGGUGACUUCAAGGGAUGGCCUGCUGCUCUCAACCGUCAUCCGGGCCUUGGACACACCGAGUGACUGUCCCUUUUGCCGGAUCUGCCAUGAGGGAGCCAACGGGGAGAGCUUGCUGUCCCCUUGCGGCUGCACUGGCACACUGGGAGCUGUGCACAAGAGCUGCUUGGAGAAAUGGCUGUCCUCUUCCAACACCAGCUACUGCGAGCUGUGCCACACGGAGUUUGCGGUGGAAAAGCGGCCCCGACCUCUCACAGAGUGGCUGAAGGACCCCGGGCCUCGGAGCGAGAAGCGGACACUGUGCUGUGACAUGGUGUGCUUUUUGUUCAUCACACCACUGGCGGCCAUCUCGGGCUGGUUGUGCCUGCGAGGGGCCCAGGACCAUCUACGCCUGCAUAGCCGGCUAGAGGCUGUGGGGCUCAUCGCGCUCACCAUCGCUCUCUUUACCAUCUAUGUCCUCUGGACACUGGACUGCCCCUGCAGGUCUCUUUCCGAUACCAUUGCCAGCUGUACUCUGAGUGGAGAAGGACCAAUCAGAAAGUACGCCUGAAGAUUCGGGAAGCAGAUGGCUCUGAGGACCCCCAGCACUCCCUGCUGGCUGCUGGACUCUUGAAAAAGGUGGCAGAAGAGACGCCUGUAUGAAGGCCUCGCUGGCAGGGCCAAGUGGUAAUGAAGAGGCCAGAGCUGGAUGGCAGUGCCCUGGCAUUUGGAAGGACUGAAGCUGCCCAACCUUUCAUACCCAGCCACGAUGCUUCCAAGGCCAAGAGCCACAGCAAGCAGAGCCUGUUCUGUGAUCCUGUGUGAAUAGAUUUUCCAAAGUUCUUUUUUGUUUUGCACACUGUUGUACAUGACAAGGACAGAUGGACAUGGACCGAGCUUCGGAUAGACCGGGCACCCCCAUCUGAUUCUGAGACCUGUUUGGCACCUUCUUGGCCAGCAGCUAUGGCUGGUUGUGUCAAGAGCACUAUUGGGCUGGAAGGUUCCAGCAAGCUUCUUGCACUACUCUGCACCUGGCAGGCUCGCUUUCCUGGCACUCUCGACUUUAUAAAAUUGUACUGCAUUUCAAAAGCCCACCCUGAAUGAAUAAAAGGAGCCCUUGCUGGAUAAAGUGGA